UUAUUAUUUACUGUUGUUGCCAGGCACCAUGGUUGUACCGAACCCCCCUCCCGCCCCCGAGCAGCCAGAGCCGACUGUGCAGCAGAUCAAAGCCGACGUGGUGUUUGUGAUCGAGGGAACCGCCAACCUGGGCGCCUACUUCAACAACCUCAAGACGUCUUACAUCAUUCCCACUGUCGAGUAUUUUAAUGGCGGGCCAGUUGCAGAGACAGAUUUUGGAGGGGAUGUAAGUUGUGCUUUCAUUUCUGCACUCUUUGUUAGCUGACUACACUAAGUAGUAGUGGUGCG